AAACAACAAACGCUCGGUCGAGAGAGCGGGACAGAGAAUAAGAGGAAGAGGCCGAGGCGAGCGCAUGAACGUGAGUUUUGCAGUUUGAUGGUUAAAUGCGUGCGUGAAGGUUGGAGUGAAGAUUUCGAGCCGAUUUUGAUCCUAGUGCUCGCAAUAAGUGGGUCAGAACUGGAACCGUUCGAUUAAGCCAAGCAAAACAAAAGUGCAUCUAACACACGCCCGCCAAAGAGGAAAAGUGCACGAGGGUGGUACCUAGAGUAACAGUGAUUCGUCCGAAAAGCCUGGACAAUGUAACCAUUUUGAGAAGACUUCGUUAGCUUUUACAUCGAUCAAACACUCACAUGAUAAACGAAUAAGAACGGACGAGAAAAUCAAAUUGCAGCAGUGUGACGACUAUGGGACACCCUGAAACUGCAUAGAGUGUAUGAUUUUGACAACGGAAAAGCGCCUCUCCAUUGACUGCCGCCUUGUGCUAUAGAAACGUGAUCUCACCACUCUUAUGAUGGAACUCUUGUCAAACAAUUCGGUUCCGCAACAAAUGGCCAGCAGCAAUGCGCCGAGCGCCAACGGCGUGGCCUCUUCGACGGCCAACGGAAGUGGCGGCGGCAGUGUGAGCAGCAAUGCCAGCAACUCCUCCGAGCGGCUGCUGGCGGGCAUCCUCGAGAGCUUUCCCGCCUGGGACCUCAACGUGGGACUGCUGCCCAAUGUGGGUCAGAGCUCACCACCACGGACAGACUUCUUCAUAAACAACUUCCUGGGCGGCCUGGAUACGCAUGGCGACUUCAGCAUCGGACCCAUAGGCAGCGGCGCACGCAGCAAUCCCAAGAUGUCGCCGGAGUCGUCCAACAACUCGAGCAUCAGCUGCGGCUGGUGCGAGGUGAGCGCCUCGAUACGCUGCCUGGAGUGCAAUGAGUUCAUGUGCAACGACUGCCUGAGGGAGCACCGCAACAGUCCGCUGUCCUCCAACCACUCAAUAGUGUCCCUGCCCACGCCCAUCGGAGCCUCGCCCACGGGGGGCAGCUCCGUCAACGCACAGACGCCGCCCAGCGGCAACUUCAUCUGCGACAUUCACAACGAGAUGCUGCGCUACGUGUGCGACUACUGCCGGAAACUGGUGUGCCAGUGCUGCACGCUGCACGAGCACAAGGAGCACAGCUACGCCUCCAUCCAGAGCUUCAUGGUGGGCUCCAAGGAGAAGCUGGAGGGCGCCAUCGAGAGCAGCCAGGUGGGCACGCGCUGCAUUAAGAGCAGCAUUGACAAGGCGCUGGCCUUCAUCCGGCUGAUUGAGCGCAACUGCAGCGAGCUGAGCGACAAUAUCCGCAAGGCAUUCCGUCAGUUUAUCAUUGCCAUCGAGGACCGCGAGCGUUUCCUCCUCGAUUUUGUGGAGAAGCUCCGCCAGCGUCGCCUGGCCAUCUUGCAUGACCAGAUGGCGGGCCUGAAGUCGGCCCUCGCUGGACUCUCCGAAACCUCCGACAUGCUCAGCAAGGUGGCGGACAAUGCCUGCAACAUGGACCAGAUCGAGAUUGCCAUGAAGCUGACCAAUGGUCAGCGCCAGAUGGAACAAUUCGCGGGAAUCUACAAGGACCUGCAGCCCAAGCAGGAGGUCUUUGCCUUCGCCCCCCCAGACUACAGCCUGCUGCAGGACAUCCGCAACCAGGGCGGCGUAGUCCUGGUGGACGACAAGAAUAUGCCCAUAGUGUCCAGCAGCAACGGCAUCGUGCCGAGUGUCUCCAGUGUGAGUGCCGUGGCCGCCGCCUCCGUAGGAGUCGGCGUCGGUGUGGGAGGCGUCGGCGGAGGAGUUGGAGCCGUCGGAGUGUCCAACGGUAUGGACAUGGCCUUCGGCUUGAAUAUGGCCAGUAAUCCGCUGAACGUGGCCUCCUCGAGUGUCCGUCGUCCCCUGCUGCGAGACAACAGCUUUCGGAUUCCAUCGCCAAUCAUGCAACCGCGUGGAGGAAGUGCCUGCGGCAUGUCAAGUGGCAUGUCCAGUGCGGCGCUGGACUGGGAGCUCAACGGACUGCGCAGCUCGCCUGGACUACACUUUAGUGCGCCGCGAACCACACAGGCCAUUCCGGGAUGCAUGGAUCUGGUCAAGGUGCGCAACUCCAAUGCUCUCUCGCUGUCCUUCGCCACCGAGGGCCAUGAAGACGGCCAGGUGAGCCGGCCGUGGGGCCUGUGCGUGGACAAAAUGGGCCACGUGCUCGUCUCGGACCGCCGCAACAAUCGCGUCCAGGUCUUCAAUCCCGACGGCUCCCUGAAGUUCAAGUUUGGCCGCAAGGGCGUGGGCAACGGAGAGUUCGACCUGCCCGCAGGAAUCUGUGUGGACGUGGACAACCGCAUUAUUGUGGUGGACAAGGACAACCAUCGUGUGCAGAUCUUCACCGCUAGCGGCGUCUUCUUGCUCAAAUUUGGCAGCUACGGAAAGGAGUACGGCCAGUUCCAAUAUCCGUGGGACGUGGCCGUGAACUCGCGCCGCCAGAUUGUGGUCACCGACUCGCGCAACCAUCGCAUCCAGCAGUUCGACUCCGAGGGUCGCUUCAUCCGCCAGAUAGUGUUCGACAACCAUGGGCAAACCAAAGGAAUCGCCUCGCCACGAGGCGUUUGCUACACGCCCACUGGCAACAUUAUAGUGUCUGACUUUGACAACCACUGCCUCUACCUGAUUGAUCCAGACAUCAACGAUAUUCUCUCCGUGAAGGGACACGAGGGCUCGGGCUUCCAUGAGUUCAAUCGGCCCUCGGGCCUGUGCUGUGACGAUGAGGGCCGCAUCAUAGUGGCCGAUUCCAAGAAUCAACGCAUCCUGGUCUUCAACCAAAACCUGGACUUUAUGUGGGAUAUCGAGGUGCGACCCUCCAUCAAUCCUCUAAUGCCGCCCACGCUGGACGAGAAGGAUCGCACAUGCGAUGUGGCCAUAAUGCCAGACGGUCGCAUCGUUUUCCUCAUUGAACUGUCGCCAGACUCCAAGGAAGGGUCUAACCCUUACAAGCGGUUUGUGCACGUAUUCUAAAUUAGGCAACAAGUGCUGAUCAUUUUUAGAGCAUUUACAAGAGCUAAACUAGCUGAACGUUAGCGUAGAGAUCCGAAAGACAGAACGAUUAAGAACAGGUACCGAAACCGAAUCCGAAAUAGUAAGGGAAAAUCAGAAUUGAGUGCAUGGAAAUAGCGAAAAUUUUUAGCUUAAGUGCUACAACGAUUACCUCGAUAAUGCUUAAGAGUUAUGGUUACGAUUUGGUAAUUUACAAUACAAUACGAAUUACAAAUAUGUAUGUAUCUAUGGAUAUCUAUAUCUAUACGAAUAUGCAUAUGUUUAGCGAAUAUACAAGCCCAACCAACCAACUAGAACUAAAACUAAAACUAAAACGAAAUCGAAAACUAAAGCGGAAGGCAGUUGAGUAGGAUAUAGGAUAUAGGAGAUAUAUAUAUUGACGUAGGAUCCGAGAGCAUUCAGUAGAGUUACCGAACCUAGUAAAAGAUAAAGCGAAGAGGGAAACUCAACCAUUUACUAGAUGAAAAUAUUAUUACCUGUUAGUUAGACUGAAAGGCAGUUUGCUAGCUGAUAGAACGAGUAGGAAUGAAGGUGGGGAUUGCGUUUUUUAUGGGGUUGCUUAGCGGAAAGGGGAAAACUACUUUCGACAAGAGUUACUAAACAUGAUUUGCAGAGACACUGUGGAAUGGUAUUAAUGUUUGUAUUAUAUUCUUAAUUCGUUUGUUUAGUUCUGUUUUACGUUUACUUUAAAAUAACUUUUUUUGGGACAUAUUUUUAAUAAUUUUUGUUUAUAAUUGAGACUGAGCAAGUGAGUACACGAACUUUGUAGAAAGAAGCAAAGCAAAACAAAACAAAACAAAACAAAGAAACAAACAAAAAUCAGAAAAUAUUGAUGAAACCCGCUGACUUUUGGUUGAACUUUUAACAAAGACUGAUUAACUAAACCGCAAUUUCGGAGCCAACUAAGGAACCAUAUAUGGUCAGGCCAAAAAAGUGAAAAAAUCCAACACACUAAAAUUGCAAUGACAUUGAUAACGUAAAGUAACUUAACAUAGCAUAACAUAAAACACAUACUUUCACACAUAUAGCAAUACAGAAAUCAUAUAGAUCCGAUCAUCCAGUCACUUAUCAUCAUGGGCAUAGCUUAAUCCGAGUUUAACUGACAUUCAUCGACAUUUACCCAUCCAUUCAUACCCAUUAUGCAUCACAGGGCUUCGUUUGUGUCGGUACUUUAUAAUUAAUUGUGAAAGGACUUACCCACAGGAUACACUGCAGGUUGAAAGGAGAGGUUAGCUAAAAACGAGUAGAGGAGGGUUGGGGGGAGUUUAACGAACAAUACCUAAAAAAAACUAAAAACAAAAUAACGAAAAAAUUAUCAUAAUUUUUGACUCAAUGUGUUCAUUAGCAUUUAGUAGACUUAGCGGGCGUGGCAUAGUGAAACGUAUGGAAAAUCCAGAGCAAUAUAUGGGCGUAUUGAAUACACAUUUAGGUGACAUGUUCCUCGCAAAAGAAACAAACAAAUAAAACAAAAACAAAACGAUGAAACUUAAUGAAAUCAUGGGCAACGCAUGAAUUAGCUGAAUUAUCUGUCUAGAGAGUGGAACGAUUUUUAGUAGCAAUUGUAUACAAACAUAUAGAGAGCCGACUAGGACCGAUUCUAGGCUCAGGACCAGGCGUAAAUUGUAAAAUGUAUUAGCAAACUUAGUUACUUAGUUUACGUUAUGUUCUUCCUGUUUUGAGACGUUCUAUUCUUUGUACUUGUGUUCAAACCCGACUUCAAUGGAUCGACAGAGAGAGAGAUGAUACAUAGCUAACACUCCUUCCACGAAUAAAGCAACAUUGCAUAAAAUGCGCAAAACAAACAAACAAAAACCCUAAAUCUAAAAUCACUAACACUAGCGUUAAAAAAAGAUGCAAAAAUGCUGACGGCUCUACGAGAGCGGUGGCAACAAAAAACAUAUACAAUAUUUAUAUACACGUAAUAUACACCAGGAGCAGAGGGCAACCCCCCACAUAGAGCUAUAUAGAGUAGAUAUCGUAAUUAUUUUACACCUUAGUUUAGCCAAACCCCCGAAAUCCCGGGGAACUACACGAUCGCCAUAACAUACUCGUAACCUCAUUUUAUCCAAUCGUAACACCUUGAAGCGCCGUUCAUUUCUUGUGAUCCAGAUCGAAUCAUUCAAAAACACUCGCACACAAAGCGCACGCAGAGCAUCCCCACAAAUAUCGCAUGUAUAUAUCAUAUAUAUCGCAUCGUAUCGGGACUAGCGACAUCUGAGAGAAUGCCAUAUUUUAUAUUUGUGUGAGAUUUACUAAACCAAUACUAAAGAACUAAUACUUAUAUCAUUACAAAUGAGCGCCGUUUUCUAAAAGCCACAGUUUAGAAAUUGUGUAAAAAAUAAAAACAAAAUGAUAACAAAAAAAAAAAAAAAAAAAAACAUUAUCUACAAGCAAAAACCAAUAAAGAGGACAAUUAUUGAGAUUUAAGCGAAUACCGAAUGCCAUAAUUCAAAAUAAAAAGCAUUUAAACGUAUAUAUCUAUAGAAUACUAAAGUAUGUUAAACACAAAAAAUUACUACAAGUCAUGAGAAUACUGAACAAUUUGCCAAAGGCUUAAGAAUCAAAAUGAGAAAGCAAAACCAAUAACUUACAUAACUACACACUACACUCAAACACACACAUUCAAACAGAUAGUUAAUUAAACCUUUUACAAAAUACAUACCAAAAAUACUUAAUUAAAUGCAAGCAGGUAUUUUUUCAAAUAAACCGAAUAUUCCAAAAACACGUUGCCCAAAAUACACCUACGAUUAAUUCUAAAGCAAAAAAUGCUCAUAUACACGUAGCUACUAAAAUAAAUAAAAAAAAAAACACUAAACGAAUCCAAAACAUAAAUCAGGUAUUCAAAUUUUUUUCGUAUUACGUACUUAGCAGUUAAGGAAAAAUGCGAAACGGCAAACUUAAUGACUAAAAUCAUCCUGAGCAUGAUUUUCAAAGAUAAGAAAGCGAACAUUGCAAGCCCACAUACAUAUUUACUAAGCAACUUUUUUAUAACAAAUCGAUUGACGAUGCUAAAACAAAACGGAUUGAACUCUUAUAUCAAAAUACAAUUUUGAGUAAAACUUUUAAUGACAAAGGCAAAAGCAAUUCUCGGCAAGUACGGAGAAAUGAUUUCAUUACCUAUAAAUCUUGAUCUUUAAAAUUAUGCAUACAUAAUUAUAUUUUGUCGCGGUCAUUUAGAAAUUAAGUUUGUAACAAAACCCCCCAGAAUUGUAACUAAAUUUGAAAAUAUUUCUCAUUUGGAAAUUAUAAACAUAAACAUACGCAUACAUACAUACACGUACUAACAUAUGUAAUAAUUAUGGAGCAAUUGAGUACAAAACGAGUACAAAUUUAAAUUUUAAGCCAGAUCAGAGGACACAGACACACACACAGCUUAAGUUACAACAUAGAUCGAUCAGACGAAAGUGCAGCAUAAGAAAUAUUGAUAGGCCAGCUACUGGUUUCGCAUAGCAAAUACUGCAUAUAUUCAUAGAGGAUCAGGAUCACGAUCGCGAUCACGAUCACAAUCACGAUCAGGAUCAGGAACAGGAUCGAAUGGAGGAUUCAUCGAAAUAGCCAGCAUACUAACCACUCUUAUAAGCAUAGUCGCAUACAUACAUAGUUACUUAAACAUAGACUAACCCCCCAUAUACUAUAUAUCUAGGGCAAACGAUUACCAAAAUUACCAAAAAUCCCUCCUUAUUACCCUCUUAAUCUUCAAAUAUGAUUUGCUUCGCGUUACUAAGGGGAGAUCACUUUUGGCAUAUGCAAAAUUUUCUCAUACAUUCUCACCCACUCAGCAUAGAGCGUACAUACAUAUGUAGAGGCGUGCGGGUACUAGGUACACCCACCUUUAAGCAGCUAUUUAAGUCAUAUGGCGAUAAAUCUAAAGAAAAUCUACCAAAAUCAAGCGACAAAUUCAAUAACGAGUUGCAGUUAAAAAUUGUAAUUGUCUAAUAGUGAAAAGCGAGAAAAUCGGAAACAAACGUAGUCCACGUAGUACUACUGCAGCGUGGACUGCCAUUUUUCUAUAUACAUGCGUACACAUACAUAUUUAUAUACCCAAAUAUAUAUAUACAUACAUAGAUGUGGACUUGGCGAGACAAGAGUAAGAGUAUAUUUUAUACGAUAAACAAAUUUUAUAACAUAUUUAAUAAUAAAUUAUACACUACUAAUUGUGGA